CCUGCGCCCCUGCGGUCACCCAACGUUGGAACCCGGUGCAGCUGACCAGUGGGGCAGCGUCUGCGGGUGGCCCACCUGCCGGUGGGUGCCGCGGGAUGCUGCUUGGUCUGGAGCUCGCCCGAGCGGGAAGGAGAACGGGCGGGAUGAUCGAUAGACCGAGUCCUAGACCAAAUAGGCCACUCCGCCUCUUCUUUGGAUUCUGACGAUGGCCACGCCGGAGCAGCGCGCCGUAUGGGGCGUGCGGCAACGGUUCCGGCACGCCGCCGUCCGCCGCCCUGUGCUGCUGAGCUGCGGGCCACCGCUUAGUUGGGCCCGCUUGCUAGCCGGCGGCGUCGGAGUCUGCGAGCUGCCGGCAAGGAGGCGACGGGACGAGGUGCCCAAGGCCAUCGAGGCGCGUGUCAUCCAGGCCCCCCGUCGGAACAGUCCCCAGGCGGUGCCGCGCGGCGUUCGUACGCACGCGUGCGCUGCCCACUCCCGUCGGAGCGGUUGGCCAGGACGUCCAGUCCCGUCUGCGCGUGCCCCCAGGAUUCGAUGCCGAGAUAAGUUCCUCCUUCUCAUCUGCAUACCUCUGCGUGCAGAUCUGUGCAGAUGCGGCUUUGGAUUUGGUGACCUAGGCCGAGGAGCUCCCUUUGCAGCAGUCUUCUUGGGUCUGAACAGCACGGUCACAGGCAAUCUUCCUACAUUUGACAAGCAAUAUUCGUGGUUUCGAGAAGCAACAUCUCAUGAUGCAUAUAUAUGAAAGAAUAAAUGAGAAAUGAAGAGGAAUGCCUCAACAGCCCAGUACAGCCCACUAGCCGGCCAGCCCACCUCUUCUGCCGGCCCAACCCUUCCUCUCCCCUCCCCCGCGCGGCUCCCACGCGACCCCCCCACUCCCCCGGUUUGGCCCAGUCCAGACUCCAGAGGCCCGGCGGCUCCCUCAUUCCUCUCCCUCUCCCGACCACGGCGGGCGAACCCUAGAGGCGGCCGGCGAGGUGGCGUCUCGCGGUGAGGGCGCGAGCGCAGAGCCGAGCGGAGCGGAGCGGCGAGUGCGGCACGCCGGCGCGGGCCUGUGGUGUGGGGGCCGAGGGCGCAUCGGCCGGCGGCCUGCGGGCGGCGGCUGCGGCUCGGCGCGGAGCGUCGGACGGUCAGUCCAAAUCUCAUCUCUCCUCUUGUUUGCUUCACCAUUCAUGGGUUUGACUGUUCACCGAGCGUUCUAUUGGGCGUUUAUGGCCUAAACGCAACGCUGGGGUCCGAUUUGCGCUUAAUCGCGAUUAAAUGUAUGUUUAAAAAUGUUUUCUCGAACAUUGCCUUUCAUUGCUGGAUCCAUUUGCAUAUAUAGGUUCUCUCAGCUUGACGAAUGUAUUUGCUUUCCAGCAUGCUAAUAUAAUUUGUUGUCCCU